GACAACAUAACUGAAUUUUUAAGUGGUGACCAAAAUUUGGAACCAUGUCAUGUCAUGGCAUCCCCCUUUGUCCCUUCCCUCCUAAUCCAACUCUCUUUCUCUCUGAGACCUUCAUGAGUAUAUAACCUUAUCUAAACGAACCCCUCGCUCACAUUCAGUUGAGACCUCAAACUCUCACUCACACACCUGCCUCAGCGCCUCGGCCACGGCAGCGCCUCUCUCCCUCUCUCUCGCUCUGUCCUACCCGAGAAGAGAUACAUGGAGAUGGACAGUGAGCCGUCGACGCCGAGCCAGUCCUCCUACUUCGCCGGCUGCAUCGCCUCCCCGGCGUGGCUGCCGGCCGUGCACCGGAGCCCCGCGCGGUUCCACCUGCUGUCUCGCGACGGCGGCCGCGACGGCGGGCGGCGGGCGUGGAGGCGGCUGCUCAGGCGGCUGGUGAGCAAGAGCGCCUGCUGCCACAGCCCCAGGGCGCCGCCGCCCAUGAUCACCUUCCAGUACGACGCCGCCAGCUACGCCAAGAACUUCGACGACGGCCGCCGGCCCUCCUCCGCCUCCGCCGCCGCCGACAAGCCGGCCGCCGGCCAGCUGAUCGACCCGGCCGAGAGCAUCAGAUGACUCCAUGUUUUCUCUUUCUUUGUCGUCGGUUCGCGCGUAGCUGUUGUUCCUGGGUGGAGGUCGUUGCGACGUCGGUGUCCGUGUCUUGUACAGGCGAUGCAGAGUGUUCUUGUCCAAAUAGUGACUCCCUCUCGAGUCUCCCUCGUC